UACAACAAACCCCAUUGAUUCUCUAAAACCAGAACUCUUGAGUUGAUGAUCAUGGGGAAAAAUAGAGUUACGGCAGCAGUACUGGUGUUCUUAGCGGUGGUUUUGUGCUAUGGGUCAGUCACAGCCAUGUCAAAGGGCUUGCACAGAGAAGAUCCGGCGGCGGAGGAAGGAAAAAAAGGAGGAGAAGACUGGUUUUUAUUGCAGGAUUCGAAACGGGUGGUGAAAACGGACGCGGGUGAUGUGAGAGUGGUGAAGAAUUUUGGUGGGAGGCUUUUAGAGAGAGAAAUGCAUAUUGGGUUUAUUACAAUGGAACCUAAGUCUUUGUUUGUUCCUCAGUAUCUUGAUUCUAAUCUCAUCAUCUUCAUUCAAACAGGAGAAGCAAAGAUUGGGAUGAUAUACAGAUCCGAGUUGGCGGAAAGGACAUUAAAGAUGGGAGAUAUAUACAGAAUCCCAGCUGGCUCAGCUUUCUACUUGGUGAACACAGGAGAAGGACAGAGACUUCAUGUCAUUUGCAGCAUCGACCCGUCCGAGGGUUUGGGAUGGGGUACUCUCCAGUCUUUCUUCAUUGGUGGAGGGACCUAUCCAACAUCUAUUCUUUCUGGUUUUGAGCCUAAAACACUCGCUACCGCCUUUAAUGCAACAAUAGAGGAAGUGGAGGAGCUAAUGAGCAGCCAAAGAGCUGGACCGAUUAUAUAUCUCGAGGAUUCUCGAGCACCGAGCAUAUGGACAAAAUAUUUCCAGAUGAAGGAAAAAGACAGACUAAAGCAUAUGAAGAGAAUGAUGGGUGAAUCCAUUGAAGUAGAAGAGGAAUCAAUAUCACCGUGGUGGUCAUGGAGGAAGCUAUUGGAUCCUUUAUUCGGACAAGACGACAAUGAGAAGAAAAGGCGCCAGACUAAGGGUAAAUCCCCCGAUUCUUACAACAUCUAUAAGAGAAAAGCCGACUUCAAAAAUAACUACGGCUCCAGCAUUGCCCUCGAUGAUACCGAUUAUGAUCCUCUCAAAAAUUCCGGCAUUGGCGUAUAUUAUGUGAAUCUCACCGCGGGAUCAAUGAUGGCACCGCAUCUAAACCCGACGGCGACAGAAUACGGAGUAGUUCUGAGUGGAACCGGAGUGAUACAGAUUGUGUAUCCGAACGGAACACAAGCAAUGAAAGCUAAAGUAGCAGUAGGGGAUGUAUUCUGGAUUCCGAGAUAUUUCCCAUUUUGUCAAAUUGCAUCAAGAACGGGUCCGUUUGAGUUCUUUGGAUUCACAACCUCGGCUCGGAAGAACAGGCCACAGUUCCUGGCGGGUUCAAACUCGAUCCUUAACUCGUUGAGAGGCCCCGAGCUUGCAGCUUCAUUUGGAAUGCCCGAGGAUAGGCUAUGGAACUUGAUUAAAGCGCAGCGAGAGGCGGUUAUAUUACCUUCAGCUUCAGCCUCACCACCGGAUGAGAUGGAGAAGGAGGUGCCCAGGAUGAAGAUAAACAGCUUUGGUAAAGCUGUAAUGUUGGAUUUAGAUUAGAGAGAAGGUUGUAAUGUGAAGAAAUAAUGUGUUGAGCUUGCUUUUUUAUUUUUAUAAUGUUUAGUUGGUUGCAGAGUUUGUUAAUGAGUUUGUCUUAGUUGUGAAUAAAAUUGAAUUGCAAUUUUUCUUUUGUA